AGCAGGAGGUCACAAAUGGAGAUCAUGUGACCAUGGGAUGUAGCGCUGCAUGGGAUUUGCCUAAUGGCGGCAACUGGGACUGCUGCAACUGCUGUCAUAAGUCAACGUGGUCACAUGAUAUUGCGCUUUAUGACCGUGUUGCUUAGUGACGGAGUUGCUGGUCCCAAGUACCAUCGUUAAGUGAGGAUUACGUGUACUCCUUUUAUUCCCACAAGAAGUACUGGAGUACAUAAUUAAAAAGGUAAUGAAAAAUUUAAAAGGGUUGAAAAUAGAAGUGGUAAAACAUAAGCUGAAAUUUGUUUCCUUGUUCAAAAGAUGGUGAGGUUUGAGGAUGUGGCCGUGCAUUUCACAAAAGCAGAAUGGGCUUUGUUGGGCCCGAAAGCAAGAGAGGUGUACAGGGAUGUCAUGCUGAAGACCUAUGAGAAUAUGGCCUCUGUGGGACUUUCUUCCUCAAAGCCAGAUCUAAUCUCUUGUUUAGAGCAAGGGGAAAUCCUGUGGGAAUCUAAUCAGCAAAGAGAGAUCCCUUCUGGACCCUGUUCAGGGCCUGAGCAAGUGAGUGAGAAGGAAGAGACCUCCAUUCGGUCAGAUGGUUUGGCAUUGGAGGAACCGAAGGCAGUGAGGUUGCGGGGACCUCAGAAGACUCCUUUGACCUGCAAGAAAAAUGGGGAGAGCACGGAGAUGUGGCCGGGAACCAGGAGGCCACAAAGAAAACACCUUAGGAAGCAAAAGGCAAAAACCAUUCCUAGCAAGAAAAGUCAAGUCCCAAGGAAAUCUCUCUGGAAUAAGAGGCUGAAGAACAGCUCUGCUUCCCAAGUGCCUAACAGAAAGAGAUCAGAAAAAUGUGCAACCUGUGGCAAAACCUUCUGCAAUAACACUUACCUUGUCAUUCAUAAGCGCUGCCAUACAGGAGAGAGGCCUUACAGAUGCUCUGAGUGUGGGAAGAGUUUCAGCUCCUCAUCAAACCUCCUUUCUCAUGGGAAAAUCCAUAGCGGAGAGAAACCCUAUCAGUGCUCAGAUUGCGGGAGAUGUUUCCUAUGGAACCGAGACCUUCGAAAACACCAAACUGUCCACACCGGGGAGAAGCCACAUGCCUGUACUUACUGUGGAAAGAGGUUCAGGAGCAAAGGGCAUACGGUUAGACAUGAAAGAAUCCACCGAGACGCCAGGCCCUUCAUGUGCUCGGAAUGUGGGAAAGGAUUCAGGUGCAAAGAGCAUCUUGUUCUUCACAAGAGGAUUCAUACAGGAGAGAAGCCCUACGAAUGCUCAGACUGCAGGAAGCGUUUCAGUUGUGUAGGAAAUUUUCGCAGACACAAGAAAACUCACGGAGGAGAGAAACUGCAUGUAUGCUCAGACUGCGGGAAAAGUUUCACAAAUAAUGCAGCCCUGAAAUUACACAGAAGAGUCCAUACCGGUGAGAAACCUUAUCACUGUUCAUUCUGCAAUAAAAACUUCAGCUGCAGUUCAGGCCUUGUAAGUCAUAAGAGAACCCACAGCACAGAAAAACCCUAUAAAUGCCCAGAAUGUGGAAAAGGUUUAAGUCAAAAAGCUUGCCUUAAUAAGCAUAUGAAGCUGCAUAAGCAUCAGUGCUCCGAUUGUGGGAAAAUGUUCAGCCAACUGGCACGCCUCCAGCUGCAUAAAAGGAAACAUACAGGUGAAAAACCAUUUGAAUGCCUGUGCUGCUUAAAAGGCUUUGAUCGUAGGUCUGCCCUGAUGAUUCACGAGCGAAUUCAUACAGGAGAAAGACCGUACGUAUGCUUAGAGUGUGGGAAAAGCUUUAUACAAAACUCCAAGCUUGUCCGUCAUGAGAGAAUCCACUCGGGAGAGAAACCAUUCCAGUGUUGGGUUUGUGGGAAAAAAUUUAUCAACAGGUGUGGUCUUACAGCGCACAGAAAAAUUCAUGAGAGAGAGAAAGCGUUUCGCUGUUCACAUUGCGAGAGAAGCUUUGGGCAGAGAUCACGGCUGAUGAUGCACGAGAGGAUCCCCACCGGAGAAAAGCCAUACAAAUGCUCGGAAUGCGGCAAAAGCUUUACUUGGAAGAACUCCCUGCAGGCUCAUCAAAGGACCCACCAUGGAAAGAACCCCUACCAGUGUUCUCUAUGUGGCGAAACCUUUAGCAAGCGCAACACCCUGGUAAAUCACAAGAAGACUCACACAGGAGAGAAACCGUAUGAGUGUCCAGAUUGUGGGAAAAGUUUCAACCGGAAUUCCCGCCUGGUGAUACACCAGAGGACUCACACAGGAGAGAAACCACAUGAGUGUCCGGAUUGUCAGAAAAGUUUCAGUUGGAAUUCUGAGCUGGUGAAACACCAGAGGACUCACACAGGAGAGAAACCAUAUGAGUGUCCAGAUUGUGGGAAAAGAGUAAGUUCUAAAUCUGCCCUGGUAACACACCAGAGGACUCACACAGGAACGAAACCCCAUCACUGCCUGGAUUGCGGAAAAAGUUUUAUUCAGAAAUCUGGCCUGGUGAUACACCAGAGGACUCACACAGGAGAGAAACCGUAUGAGUGUCCGGAUUGUGGGAAAAGAGUAAGUUCUAAAUCUGCCCUGGUAACACAUCAGAGGACUCACACAGGAGAGAAACCCUAUCAGUGCCUGGAUUGUGGAAAAAGUUUUAUUCAGAAAUCCGGCCUGGUGAUACACCAGAGGACUCACACAGGAGAGAAACCGUAUGAGUGUCCAGAUUGUGGGAAAAGAUUUAGUUUGAAGUCUUAUGUGGUGAUACACCAGAGGACUCACACAGGAGAGAAACCACAUGAGUGUCCAGAUUGUGGGAAAAGUUUCAGCUCCAAAUCUGAGCUGGUGAAACACCAGACAACUCACACAGGAGAGAAACCAUUUGAGUGUUCAGAUUGUCAGAAAAGAUUCAGUUCAAAAUCUGAGCUGGGGAAUCACCAGAGGACUCACACAGGAGAGAAACCCUAUCAGUGCCCGGAUUGUGGGAAAAGAUUUAGUCGGAAUUGCCACUUGUUGAUACACCAGAGGACUCACACAGGAGAGAAACCGUAUGAAUGUCCAGAAUGUGGGAAAAGUUUCAGUUCAACAUCUGGCCUGGGGAAACACCAGAAGACUCACAUAGGAGAGAAACCCUGUCAGUGCCUGGAUUGUGGAAAAAGUUUUAGUCAGAAUUCCAGCCUGGUAAUACACCAGAGGACUCACACAGGAGAGAAACCACAUGAGUGUCCGGAUUGUGGGAAAAGUUUUAUUAAAAAUUCCCAACUGUUGAUACACCAGAGGACUCACACAGGAGAGAAACCGUAUGAGUGUCCAGAUUGUGGGAAAAGUUUUAUUAAGAAUUCCCAACUGUUGGUACACCAGAGGACUCACACAGGAGAGAAACCACAUGAGUGUCCGGAUUGUGGAAAAAGUUUUAGUCAGAAUUACCAACUGUUGAUACACCAGAGAACACACACAGGAGAGAAACCAUAUGAGUGUCCAGAUUGUGGGAAAAGUUUCCAUGGGAAGUCCAACCUGGUGAAACACCAGAGGAUUCACACAGAAGAGAAACUGUAUGAGUGUCUGUAUUGUGGAAAAAGUUUCAGUCAGAAUUCCUACCUAAUGCUACACCAGAGGAGUCACGCAGGAGAGAAACCAUUUGAGUGUCCAGAUUGUGGGAAACGUUUCAGCUGGAAGUCCAGCCUAGUGAUGCACCAGAGGACUCAUGCAGGAGACAAACCGUAUGAGUGUCCAGAUUGUCAGAAAAGAUUCAUUUCAAAAUCUGACCUGGGGAAUCACCAGAGGACUCACACAGGAGAGAGACCAUAUGAGUGUCCGGAUUGUGGGAAAAGUUUUAGCCAGAAGUCCUACCUGGUGAUGCACCAAAGGACUCACACAGGAGAAAAACUGCAUGAGUGUCUGGACUGUGGGAAAAGUUUUAGUUGGAAAGCCUCUCUGGUGAUGCACCAGAGGACUCACACAGGAGAGAAACUAUAUGAGUGUCUGGAUUGUGGAAAAAGUUUCAGUCAGAAUGCCAGCCUGGUGAGUCACCAGAGGACUCACACAGGAGAGAAACCGUAUGAAUGUCUGGAUUGUGGGAAAAGUUUCAGUUGGAAGUCCAACCUGGUGACCCACCAGAGGACUCACACAGGAGAGAAACCGUAUAAGUGUUCAGACUGUGGGAAAAGUUUCAGUAAGAGUUACGACUUGGUGAAACACCAGAGGACUCACACAGGAGAGAGACCGUACGAGUGUCCGGAUUGUGGGAAAAAAUUUAGUUGGAAGUCCUCUCUGGUGAUGCACCAAAGGACUCACAGAGGAGGGAAACUGUACAAGUGUCCAGAUUGUGGGAAAAGUUUUCGUUGGAAGUCUGACCAGGUGAAACACCAGAGGACUCACACAGGGGAGAAACCAUAUGAGUGUCCAGAUUGUGGGAAAAGUUUUAGUUUGAAGGCUUAUCUCGUUUUUCACCAGAGGACUCACACAGGAGAGAGACCGUAUGAGUGUCCAGAUUGUGAGAAAAGUUUUAAUUCGAAGUCCAUCCUGGUGAAUCACCAGAGGACUCACACAGGAGAGAGACCAUAUAAAUGUCCAGAUUGUGGGAAAAGUUUCAGUCAGAAUUCCAGCCUGGUGAUGCACCAGAGGACUCACACAGGAGAGAAACCAUAUGAGUGUUUGGAUUGUGGGAAGCGUUUCAGUGUGAAUUCCCAUCUUGUGAGACACCAGAGGACUCACACGGGAGAGAAACCGUAUGAGUGUCUGGAUUGUGGGAAAAAUUUCAGUCGGAAUUCCCACCUGGUGAAUCACCGGAGGACUCACACAGGAGAGAAUGUUAUGGGGGGCUCGGGUUCCGAGUCCAUGGGGGGUUCAGGCCCAGAGUCUGAGUCAGACGACGAGGACGGGCGGCCAGCCUCCGACAUAGAGUCGGAGGGCGAGCAGACAGCUCCAGAUAAACGACCGCCUGAGCAGUCAGAGGAGGUGGGGCUGGUCAGUGAGCAGCGGUCACAGGCACCGCUGAUUGGUGAGGACGAAGGCUCAGAGCUGCCGUCCCCUCGCGGUGCUCGCAAAGGGAGCAGAAAGGAGGGAGGAACAGCAGAGCUUGGUGAGGCUACACGACUCGUGAUAAAAUAGCCCCGCCCUCCUAAA